CUAUAACAAAUUAAACAAAAUCCAUUCGAUUAUGGCUGUGAAAAAUUUUGAAAACUGGGCUCUCGAACGAAUACUUGGAUCUGGACAAUUUAGUGAAGUGGAAUUGUGGAAAGAAAAAUAUACAAAUAAAAAGAUUGUUAUAAAGAAGUUUCUUUUGUUCAACGUCAAUGGAAAAUCCAAAGAAAUUGAACGUUUUGAAAAAGAAUUAGAUAAAUUUAAACGUUUGAAUCAUCCAAAUAUUGUUAAAUCUCUCCUGAUUCCUAUAGAAUUUAAAUCUGAUUCAUCGGUGCUGUGUAUGGAAUUCUGUAAUAAAGGAGAUUUACGAAAAAUUCUAAAUAAACCAGAAAAUGCAUGUGGAUUAAUAUACAAAGACGUAUUAUCAAUCAUGAAAGAUAUUUCAUCAUCUCUUAAAUAUUUACAUGACAAGAAUAUAAUACAUUGCAAUAUUAAACCUGAAAAUAUUGUACUUCACGAAUUAAAUGGAAUGAUUAUUUAUAAAUUAAUAGAUCUUGGAUAUCAUAUAAAAUGUAAAAACAUUAUAGCAUCAGCGGACGAAAUUCAUGCUUACGAUGCUCCUGAAAUUUUUUCCGAUAACAAAUAUACUUGUUCUAUUGAUUAUUGGAGUAUAGGAAUACUAUUUUUUAUAGUUUUAACUGGUUAUAAUCCUUUUGUAAUAUCAAACUCAUUGACAUGUGGAAAAUUAGAAGUCUAUGAUUACAUAAUAUAUCCCAAUGAUUCUCCAGAAGGUAUGUUAAAUAAUAUAAUUGAAUGGUUUCAAGUUGCCUUGCAAUGCGAUCCAAAACAAAGAGGCAAAUGUCAAAAUUCCGAUGAAGUAGUUAUAUUUCCUGCAUUAAACAAAAUUUUACCAACCAGGAUUGUGUAUAUAUUUUCAUUAUCUUCGUAUCGAAUUGAUAAGUGUAAUAUCAGCAGUGGUAUGACUCUUAUGGAACUACAACAAUGGAUAGAGCAAACAAUUUCUAUUCCAAUUGGUGAACAAAUAAUUGCAGAUAUAACAGGAUAUGUGCUCAAUAGUAUAGAAGAUUCUAUAAAAUUACCUAUAAGACCAAUUCCUAAUUCAAUAUUAUAUGUAUACAAAAUUGAUAUUCUUGAUAUUAUGUUAAUUGAACCAGCAGUAAUCAAUGAUCAUUCAUUAUUACGACAAUGUUACACAGCAAUUAUUUAUUUAAUGAAACGCGAGCUUCAGUUGUUUAAACAUUAUAUAUUUGCUUUAAGCACAAAAUUUCAAAAUAAUAAAGCUACGUGUAGCUCUGAUUAUAUUAACAAUCAAGUUAAGAUAUUAUCAGAAAGUUUCAGUAAAUUCGAAGAACAAAAAACAAAACAGCUUCACGAUUCUGAAAUAACUACAAUUACAAAGUAUUUACGUUGCUCUAUGAUGAAAUUGCAAUCACUUUAUGAAAUACUUAAUUCAGCCAUAGAAUUAAUACAAAUUUAUUCAAACAAAUUUUCUAAAAUAAUGGAGAUGUCUCAUUCAUUUCCACAUUAUGUUUCUUGUAGUGCAGCAACAUUUGAUAAUAAUACAACUAAUAGUGGCUUAAGUUCUAUCACAAAUGACGAUGCCGAAAUUAAGGAUAACAUAAUAUUACGUUCUUUAUUAGACAAAUAUAUACAAGAUAUUCAGGACAAUUGGUCUAAAAUCAGUUUAUAAAAAGCUCGAUGUUCUCAAAAUUUAUUCAACUAAGGCAUUUAGUA